AUGCCCUGGGGACACGCAGGGAGGGGACAGCGGCGUCCCCCCGUUCUCCUGGCACCACCAAACGCACGCAGCGACUUUUAGGGGGGAGUGAUGCAAAAAAUCCAACCUCGAGGACACCUCUGGAUGCUCAUCCCUAUUUUUCAGGGGGGACAAAAUCCAUCCUUCACCUCCCUUCUCAUCAAUCCCACCCCGGGUGGGGAAACUGAGGCCGGGGGGACCCCAUUCCCUGUGUGUGUGCUCUGUGUGUGUGUCCCCCCCCCCCGAGCUGAUGCAAGCGGUGACGGGGUGGGCUCUGCCCUCCCCUCCCACAGCCGCAGUGCCUGGCACACACCCCGCUUUCUCCCCGUCGGAGAGAUAUAUAAUACAAGGGAAAAAAGAUAUUGGAGAGAAAGAAAAGGCAGGGGAAGGGAACGGGAGGAGAAAAAAAAAAACCAGGGAAAAAAAAUCCUGCUGACAUCAUCUGGGAUGACGGGGCUGAUCCGGCCGCCGGCCCCCCCGCCCGAGCCCCACUAAUGCUCCGCUUCUGCCGGCGCAGCCGCCUUCGUCCAGCCCGAGCCAAAGGUGGCUGAGCUGGGUGGGCAGGCGGCCGCCCAGGCCGGCCGGCCGGGCUCUGGCAGCGCCAUGCCCGGAGAAUCGGUGAAAACCCAAGGGCUGGGGGGAUUGGAGAAGGAAAACGGAAUGCCGGAGGGAUCGGAGGCAGCCCCCCCGCCGGCCCCAGGCCCCCCACCGAUGUCCACCAAGGAGGAGGCUCGCCCGCAGCCCGAGGGGGCCAGCUGUGACCCUGGCCCCCCCGCUGUUGCACCCCCCGGCGAGUCCUGCCGGCCCCCCCCGCCCGCAGACCCCCUGGACACCCGCAUCGUCAUGGGGGAGGAGACGCGCUCCCCCACCGACCCCGAGCUCCGGGGGGGGCUCCCCCUGCCUGCUGUGCCUUGCCCCUUCCCUGCACCCACCAAAGAUCCCCCUCAGCGCCAAGCGGCUGAGCCCCCCUCCGGGAGACCCCCCGCUGCUGCCACCAUGGACCCCGACCUCUUCUUCACGGCCCCCUCCACCCCCAUCCGGGUCGGGGGGUCCCGGCUGCUGCAGCCUCCCCCCGAGGAGCAGACGGAUGGGGAGAGCGAGGGGCUCUGCUCCCCACCGACAUCCCCCUCUGGGUCCUACAUGACGGCUGAAGGGGGCAGCUGGGGGUCCUCUGGCACGGCCAGCACCUCUCCGUCCUGCUCCCCCAACCUGGUGGCCGAGGCUGAAGCCAUGGCGGUGGCUGAAGCUGAGGCUGAAGGCAUGGUGGAGGUGGAAGCUCUGCCUCCCUGCCUGGAGCAUCCCCCUGCCUUCACCCCGCCGUCUCCCGAGGAGGAUGAUGAGGAGGAAGAUGGACUUCUUGCCCUGCCAGGGGGUGAUGAUGACGAUGGGCAGACACUGGAGGACGAGGAUGAGGAGUGGGACAUGUCAGGGGGCGAGGGGCUGCCUGGCGCGGGCUUGAUCCCAGCAGCACUGCUGCCCUUCCGCGGCAGCCUGCUCUUCCAGGCCGAGGCAGUGGAGAUCACCCCGCUGCCCCCCGGCACAGCCCUGCUGCCCCUGUCCGGCGAGGAGGAUGAGGAGGAAGAGGAGGAUGAUGAUGAAGAGGAAGAAGAGGAGGAGGAGGAGGAGGAGGAAGGUGGCAGCACCUCGGCCUCCUUCCUGCGCUCGCUGUCAGAGACCUCCAUCACCGAGGGGGUGGACGAGUCCUUCGCCUUCCGCGAUGACACCUCCGCCUCCUCCGACUCGGCCGCUUACGAUGGUGAGGAGGACGAGCGGCUCUAUGGCACCGAGCGCCACGCCAUGGGCGCCGAGGGGGCUCCCCCCGACACCGCCACCGCGCCCCCUGGCACUGAUGCCAAUGGGAACGGCGGCAUUGAGCUUCACCUUCACGCUGGGAUGGCCCCCAAUGGCGAUGGGUCACCGGAGGUGUCCCUGCAGCACAGCCAAGGUGAGGAGCCGGCAAGCAUGGUUCCCAGCAUGGAGGAUGCCAUCAGGGAGGACAUCGGUACCACGGAGCCAGGGAUGCAGGAGUGGGAUGGCAGCGAGACCCCCCCAGCACCCUCUGGGGAAGGCAGUGAGCAGCCGGAUGGUGAGGCCUUCCUCAUGUCUUCCUCUUCCUCCUCAGAGCUGGAGGAAGCAGUAACCCUGGAGCACAAUGUCCCAUGGGAGCCAGACCCUGUUCCCAUGGAGUGUCCCCCACCAGAGCCCUCACAGCUUCCAGAGGAACCGGCGGUGAUUCCGGGUGCUGAGGAGGAGCCAGUGGUGAAGGAUGAUUCCAGCAUGGCAGUGCUGGGAGAGGGGCCCAGCAUGGAGCCAGUGGAGAGCAGCAGUGUCCUGCAGCCCCCCAGCCUCUGCUCCAGGGACCCCCAAACUGAUGGGGUGCAGCAGGAUGAUGUGGCACCGGCUAACGGGGAGCCCCAGGGUGGCCCUGGGAGUGAUGGUGAUGAUGAUGGUGAUGAUGUUAGUGACAGUGACCAUGAGCUUGGCACCAUGAUGGUGGACAGCACUGAGCUGGUAAUCACUGAUGGCCAUGAUGAGCAGGACACUGUGGCCACCAACUUGGUGACACCCAGCCCUCCAGAUGAGCCAGACACCAUGGCCACCAACCUGGUACCACUGGUGACACCCAGCCCAUCAGAUGAGCCAGACAUUGUGGCCACCAACCUGGUGCCACUGGUGACAUCCAGCCUGCCAGAUGAGCCGGACACCAUGGCGACCAACCUGGUGCCACCAGUGACACGCAGCCCAUCGGAUGAGCCGGGCACCAUGGCCACCAACCUGGUGCCACCAGUGACGUGCAGCCCAUCGGAUGAGCCGGACACCAUGGCCACCAACCUGGUGCCACCAGUGACAUGCAGCCCAUCGGAUGAGCCAGACACCGUGGCCACCAACCUGGUGCCAUCAGUGACACCCAGCCCAUCGGAUGAGCCAGACACCAUGGCCACCAACCUGGUGCCAUUAGUGACACCUGGCCCAUCGGAUGAGCCAGACACUGUGGCCACCAACCUGGCGACACCCAGCCCACCGGAUGAGCUAGAGACCAUGGCCACUGACCUGGUGCCACCAGUGAGACCCAGCCCGCCAGAUGAGCCAGAGACCAUGGCCACUGACCUGGUGCCGCUGGUGACACCCAACCUACCAGAUGAGCCAGACACUGUAGCCACCAACCUGGUGCCGCUGGUGAUGCCCAUCCCACUGGAUGAGCAGGACACUGUGGCCACCAACCUGGUAUCAUUGGUGACACCCAGCCUGCCAGAUGAGCUGGACACUGCAGCCACUGACGUGGUACCAUCAGUGACACCAAUCCCACCAGAUGAGCUGGACACUGUGGCCACCAACCUGUCAUCAUUGGUGACACCAAUCCCACUGGAUGAGCCAGACCCUGCAGCCACUGACCUGGUGCCAUCAGUGACACCCACCCCACCGGAUGAACCGGACACCGCAGCCACUGACCCUGACCUGGUGCCACCAGUGAUGCCCGGUGUCACAGCACCAUCCCCCCCACCACAGGACACAUCCCCCUGUGAUGCCAGCGAGGAUCUGGUGGAUGGGGCAGCCUCGGCCAACGCGUCCGCAGAGCCACCAGUGGCCACGUGUCCCACGGCACAGGAGGCGAUGGUGCAUCUCCCCGGGAGCACCAGCGAAGCCCCCAAGGAGUGUGACGCUCCCACUGCUGCUUCCGAGGAGCCCUGCCCGGAGCUGCUGGACACCUCCCGCUCUGACUCCAGCUCCUUCAUGGCCCCCGAGGACAGCGCGGGAGAAGCAGCCGCCCCCCCCAGGCCCCCGUCUCCCAAGGAGGAAGAGGAGGAUGAAGAGGAUGCUGCUGCCCGCCCCUGCCUGGCCCUCUGCCUGCCCGCCUCACCCCCCGCCAUCCCCCCGCUGCUUUUCACAGCUUCAGACCGGGAGGUGUACGUGGGGGCCCCCCUCGAACUGCUCCAACCACCCGGUGCCUUUUCGGAGAGCGGGGCGGCCUGGCAGCGCCGGGAGGACCGCCAGCGGGUCACCGCCAUGCUGCAGGGCUCCUUUGGGGAUCUGCCGGCCCCCCGCCUCCCCCCCAGGCCCAUGGAGCCCCCCGAGGUGCUGGAGGGUCCCCCGAGUGAUGAGGGGAUGGAGGAGCCCCUGCCCCUCCAUGAGCCCACGACCCCUCUGCCUGGUGAUGCCCCCCCGGGCCAGACUGCUGGGGAAACCGAUGCCAAAGUCCUGGGGGAGAGCAGCCCCCCGAGUCCCCCCAGUGAGCCCCCGGCCCCCCCCAGGCAGCAGGAGGAAGAGGAGAUGAUGGUGACAAUGGUGGGGGCCCAAUCCAGCCCCCAGCCUGCUCUGGGUGCCAGCCAAGGGGGGGAUGCUCAGCCGGAGCCCUCCCCGGAACCACCUGGGGAUGCAGCCCCCCAAGUUCCCCCCGAGCCCCCCAGCCCGCUGCCAGGCCCCUGCCCUCUGCUCCCCAAACUCAGCCAAGUGCCUCCUCUCGCCGCUGCGCCGUCGCCACCAUCGCCAUGUCCUGACCCAGCCCGUGGCCCCCAGGAUACCUCAUCAGGGCUCCCCGCCGGCGAGGAGCGUCCGUCUGUCCUGCCGCCGACCAGGAAGCACCUCGAGGCCCCCCAGCCCUCUCCGCGCAAGGAGAAGGAGGCCCGAGGCCGGCAGGCAGGGCCGGGCAGCCGGGGGCCCCCCCGGGGGUCGCUGCAGUCGGAGUCAAGCUCCUCCAGCGAGGCAGAGGCUCCGUAUCCCUGCCCCGAGAUCCAGCGCCUGCGGGAAGCCGCUGGCAUCGCCCUGUGCCAGGACAAGCAGCCCCCGGCCCCCCGCGGCUGCGAGGCCAACCACAAAGGGUCCUGUAAUGAGUCGGAGAGCAACGAUGAAUCCAUCCCAGAGCUGGAGGAGCCUGAGGGCUCGGAGUCGCAGCCAGCCCAGACACAGGCGCAGCUCACCCACUCGCUGGGCACCGGGGAGGAGACGGUCAGCAAGGCCAAGCAGAGCCGGAGCGAGAAGAAGGCCAGGAAGGCCAUGUCCAAGCUGGGGCUGCGGCAGAUCCACGGUGUCACCCGCAUCACCAUCCGCAAGUCCAAGAACAUCCUCUUCGUCAUCACCAAACCUGAUGUCUUCAAGAGCCCCGCGUCCGACAUCUACAUUGUCUUUGGGGAAGCCAAGAUCGAGGACCUGUCACAGCAAGUGCACAAGGCGGCGGCAGAGAAGUUCAAGGUGCCGAUGGAGCACUCGCCACUGAUCACGGAGACAGCCCCGACCCUCACCAUCAAGGAGGAGAGCGAGGAGGAGGAGGAGGUGGAUGAGACGGGGCUGGAGGUGAGGGACAUCGAGCUGGUGAUGGCCCAGGCCAAUGUCUCGCGCCCCAAAGCCGUGCGGGCGCUUCGGCACAACAACAAUGACAUUGUCAACGCCAUCAUGGAGCUGACCAUGUAGCGGCUGGGCCUGUCCCGGCCCCCCUGUAUAGAUGCACAGUUACUACCCCCCCUUCUGCCAUCCUUCCUAUAGACCCUCCCCAUACUUCUCUGCGUCCGUACCGCUCAAUAAAUGGCCUCAUGUAUCACUUGGAUCGCA